CACCUAGCUUCUCUUCUUUACCACUCACCCCCACUCUUGUCAUCUCAACUUACUUGCAAUGGCUACUACUACUUUCUCUCUCGCUCAACUUGCUGAACACAGCCAGAAGAAGGACAUUUAUGUCGCUAUUCACAACAAGGUCUACAAUGUGACCAGCUUCAUUGAAGAACACCCUGGAGGUGAAGAGGUUCUUCUCGAUGAAGCCGGCAAGGACGCUACCGAGGCUUUCGAGGACAUUGGCCACUCUGAUGAAGCCCGUGAAAUUCUUGAGAAGUACUAUGUUGCUGAAUUGGACGAAGCCUCCAAGAAGGACGUUAAGAAGACUCCCAUCGCUCGUGCUCCUGCUGCUUCCGAAUCUUCUUCCACCGGCUCUGCUUUGCGUGUCGUCAUUCCAAUCUUGGCUGUUCUUGGUUAUCUUGCCUACAAGUACACCAGUGCUCAACGUGCUUAGAGCCAAAAAUCCUUACUACUUAUAUAGAUAGAAAACCAUGAUAUCAGCGUGUUUGUAUCCAAUUAACAAGAAAUUUUGUACCUGCUCGUUUCUUCAAUUUAUGCGUAUGUUUAUUUGGCGUGUGUCUUUGUGGG